AUCGUCCGCGGCCGUGGGUGAGGCGGGCAAGCCGUCGCGGGGGAUGGGGGACGGCGCGGGCCGGGGGCGCGGCCUCGCUAACUGGCGUCCGCUCUCCCCGCAGUCUUGCGCGCGCCUCCGCGUCGUGGUCCGGGACCUGGCGGACGCCCAGGCUGUGCUGAGCCGCCUGCCGAGCCCUGAUCGGUUCCCCGGCACCGGCCCGACCCUAGAGCUGCUGGCGGCCGCGCGACGGGACGUGGGAGCCUGCCUCGAGCUGGUCCGGCCGGGCUCGUGGAGGAAGUCCCUGCGGCCACCGAGGAGACGUCCCCCAACACGGAGAGCUGUGAGUGGAGCAGGCGGUGGGGCAGUUAGACCGCAGGGAGGACCGUGGGAGGUGGAGGCAGGCUGGGAGCUCCGACUCUGAGCCGUGAGGGGACUUUGGAGAGGACUUUGCCCGAAAGGGAAUUCCUG